AUGAAAAUCAAUUUCCUAGUAUUUUAGGAUAAGACAAUUAAGUAAUAACAAAAUAGAGUAGAUUUAAUUAAUUUUAAGAUUUAGUCAUUUAAAAAAGAGAGUAUCAAAUAGAUGAAAGUGUUGGAUAUUUAAUAAAAAAUUUGA